AUGUCUGGGGUAUACAUUACCACCCAGCAGUAUCACCAAGUUGCAAUUAAUAUUACUAGCAAACAUAUGGAGAAGGUUUAUAAACUAUUCAACCAUUUUAAUGAUUAUAGGGCUAAUACCGAUGUCAAUAUGGUUUUUGCAUGGCAAAACUGGAUGGAGAUCUAUCAAGCAGUCGGCAUCCUCCAGAUGUUGGAUGGCGCUGCCGCGUGGUUCCAACCAGGCAAUAUGACACAGGCGCAGAUUACGACAAUAACUCGCGACUUUGCGAUGAUUCAGAAACGUGCAGCGUGCCUGAUCAGUGGUGCGUUCCGAACUACAGCGGCGGAGACGCUCAAUAUUGAGUUGUAUUUGCUCCCAAUCCGCUAUCAACUAGAUCAGCUCACCAAAGCCACAGCAAUCCGGAUUCGCACGGCCCCUGCUCACGGGAUCCCAAAUGGCAUGCUCACACGACGUAUAAAUGACGAACUCGCGCUCGGUGGUUACACUCCCAUGGAGGCUCAUGCUUGGAAAACAGGCGGAUGCUUAACGGCUCCCCCAGGAACCUUGGCCGGAGAAGGGGAGAGACGUGAUGCAUAUGUCCAACCACCAUGGCGAGAGCCUCCACAUGUCGUAAUCGAUGAGCGCGAGAUCGCGGUAUCAGUACACAAUCGCAUGGUCAAAGGGAAUUCGCGUGUGCUGAUCUACACUGAUGGCAGUAGAUAUCAAGGCUAUAUUGGGACGUCAAUGGUUAUCCCGCAAUUCGGAAGACAACUAACAGAGUGUAUUGGUAUGGAGCAUACGUCAACAGUGUAUGCGGCGGAGGCCUGCGGAAUCAAGUUCGCGCUCGAAACGUUGCUUCGCUUCGCAGAGGACAACGAACGGCUCAAAAAAGUGGCAAUAUUUUCGGAUAGCCAAUCUGGGCUCAAAGCAUUGCGCAAUCCACGAAUGGUUCACUGGAUUCCGGGUCACGAAGGCAUUCCGGGAAACGAGGCGGCGGAUCAAGCAGCCAAGCGUGCCGCGCUCAUGGGGGCUCGUUUUCAAAUUGUGCCUGGAGAUAUCAAAAACUGGAUCAUGCUCACAGCUGCGGCCAAGUGCUGA